UGUGUGUGUAAUAGCCUCGGUGAUCCGGACCCGCCUCCUCCUGUCAGUUACUGAGUUGAGCUGACUGGAUGGAGGCAACAGCAGCGAUUAGCAACUAGCAAAACCCUCAGAGUUACAGCGAUGAACCGACCAGGUUUUGGCGGGGCUCCAUCAUCCAUGAACUUCUCUACGAGGACAACAGAAACAUCCAUUAAUGGAUCCUCACCUUCAGAUCUAACAGAGGAGGACCUGGACAAUCUACAGAUCGAACUGUCAAAAACGGAGGAUGAAAUUCAGACUCUGCGGCAGGUGCUUUUGGCCAAAGAAAAAUAUGCAGCAGACAUCAGGAGGCAGCUGGGUCUGAGUCCUCUCAGUAACAUCAAACAGAACCUAUCCAAAGGCUGGCAAGAAGUCCAGACCUCAGCCCCAUAUCUCACAGCCACUGCCACUUUGGAGGACAUCAGCCACUCUGCUGUAUACGUGAGGACACGGGAGGGUCUCUCUCAUGCAGGCCAGGUGACGUCCUCUGCGCUGUCCAGCAUAGGCGUGGCCGUCACCAGGAGACUGGCAGAGAUGAGAGCUCUGCCUCUUCCAAGCCCACCCCGCGCCCUGAGCCACACCAUCAGUGUGCCGUCUAUGAGACCCUCCAAUACGUUCAGGUCUUUUGAGGAAAUGGUCGGCAACGUGAAGGAUAAGGUGACUGGUGCUCUGUCAAACAACGGAGAUACGUCUGGAUUUGAAGGAAGAUCCUCACGCCACAGCACGAGAUAACUGACCACAAUUAUUUAUUUUUCAUACCUUGUAAAGUGAAGAAUUUUAUUUUGCUCCCUUUGGUCUGAAUUUGUCCACUGUUUAUUUCUGACUUAAUUAAUACAGAAUUACAAUAGAAUAUAUUAAAUUUGUAAAUUUAACCUCAAUAUCAAAGUAAUAUUUUCAUAAAUGUAAUGUAUUUAUUUUUAGAUACUGAGUGCAGUAAACCCAUCCUCUGAAAUCAGCUGAAUUACUUUCAAUAUGCAUUCAUUGACAUUAAUUGUGACAUUUCGCUCACAUAAAGUAUUUUUGUACUUUAAGAUUUUUCAGUUAAAGUCAAUUGAAUGGUG